AUGACUCCUACUAUCGUAUUUCUACUGCUGCCUCUUCUACUGCUUCCAGAGGUUCGAACCAAGGAAUAUGAGUUUGUCCCAAUAGAAAUCAAAGUGGUGAACAGUGUGAAGGACACUCCAGCUGAGACCUUUGGUGCGUCGGUGGUGAAGGGAGGGAUCCUGCUGGGAGCAAUGAGAAGACUCAUGAGCUCCAAUAUAGGAUUUAAAUUCUCGAUCCAGGAGGACGAACACUUUGGCCCUUUCCUGGAGAGUGUGAAUGGUUUGUCUGGCAGUGACCGUGACCACACAUACUGGGAGCUCCUGGUCAAGACGCCCACAGGAGAGACCAUUCGCCUUGAUGCGGGGAUUGGAUGCUAUGUGCCAAAAGCUCAUGAGCAAAUUAUUCUAAAUUUUAAUAAGUGGUGA